CGAAACGUCACUAUUGUCAAUUCGAAACUGCAAAUUUUCAAACAUGGUUCGUAUUACAGAAGAACUAGUGAGAAAACGUUCCGAACAUAAUGAAGGCCUCAUAGGUACCUUGGAAGAGCUCACUCUUCACCAGGAAGAUAUAGAGAAAAUCGAACACCUCAACAACUGGUGCAAGGACCUACAAAUCCUCUACCUUCAAGCCAACUUAAUCUCUAAAUUGGAAAACCUGAACAAGCUGAAGAAACUCCAGUAUCUAAACCUCGCAAUCAACAACAUCGAGAAAAUAGAGAACUUGGAAAGAUGCGAGUCUUUGGACAAACUGGAUCUGACGUUGAACUUCAUUGGUGACCUUGAAAGUGUAUGUACCUUGAAAAAUAAUAUACUUCUGCGGAGCUUGAGUCUUACUGGAAAUCCAUGUGCAGAUUACAAAGGCUACAGAGAUUACGUAAUCGCAAAAUUACCACAGUUAGAAAGGCUGGACUCCAAAGACAUCUCCAGAAGUGAAAGAAUUAAGGCUCAACAAAAUCUACCAAAAAUCGAAGGUAAAAUAAGGGAACAACAAGUGAAAUAUGAAAGAUUCAGAGAAGAACAAAAGAUAAGACUAUCACAAAGCACGUCUGCAGAAUUAGAAGAUGAACAAUAUUGGAAAUCUUCCAGUGAACAUGCACCUGAAACUAGGAUCGAAAUGUCCCAAAGGUCCAGGAGAGCAAGAAAGCAAAACGAUACAGUGGAGACGAAGAGAAAAGAAGUAAAACUAUUCACGAAAGAAGGCAGACCUUUGAAUAUCAACCAAGCAAAAAUACCUUUCACGUUCAACGAUGACAACCCUGAAGAAUACCUUCUCACAAUCCACGUGUACAAACAUUUGGAUACAGAACUGAUAGACGUCGACCUACAACCGAUAUACGUUAAAAUAUCCAUUAAAGAAAAAAUUUUCCAAAUUGUAUUUCCUGAUGAGAUAUUGAUAGAUAAAAGUACAUGUCAAAGAUCGACCACCACUGGACAUUUGGUAAUAAAAAUGCCACGUGCAAACUAUAAGCCAAGACCUUCUUCAUUAUUGUUGAAAUAUAAAGAAGACAAUGAAUGUGGAAAACAAAGUAAUACUGAGAAAAAACAGACAAGAGAAUAUUUGGAGGUACAAGAGGUUGAUUCAUCCAUGGACUUCAGUAAAAUAGUGGAAAAUAAUGAAGCUUUUAUAUCUUCUAUUGGAGAAGUACCUCCUUUAGAAUAUGGUUACAAUAUGGGUUUCCAAGAGGAAUGAAACUGUUUAAAAUCGUUAUAAUGGCAAUACUGCGUAUUAUUUUUUGGCACACAUCUUAUCGCAUUUGUGUUCAGUAGGUUAUGGCAUGGAAAUAUAUACACUUCAAAAACUUUUAGAAGUUGUUGAAUAAAUUGUUUUAUCAAAAUUAGUGAUCAUUCGCGAAUACUGAUAGAUAUUUUGGAAUAAUUCUUAGACAACUUUAUUCAAUAAUUUAAUUACUAUUCGUUGUAUUGUAGUCGAUUAACUGAAUAAUGUCGUCCAUACAUUCUUCUUAAAUUUCUCUUAGUAUUCAGAAAUGAGCACUGAUUUUGAUGAAACAAUUCAACAAUUUCUAAACAUCUUUCUAUGUGUAUCUUUCUAUGAUUAAAUGGCAUAACCUACUGAACACAAAUGACAUAACAAAUGUCAAAAUAUACUACACAUUGUUGCUAUUAUAACCAUUUCAAAUUAUGUCAUUCUUUUUGGAAAACCCUUUAGAAUUGAAAUUUUUGAAAAUAUUUGAAUAAUUUUGAGAUAUAUUCGAAGAAAUUAUAAUUAUCUGUAAGAGUCAUAUUGUGCUUGAGAUGAAUAUACAUUUUAAACAUAA